AUGGUGCCAAUUGUAGAAUCAGCCUCGAUACAGGGACAAACAGUGAAACGGCCAUGUGAAGCCAGUUCGACGGUAACAACAGCAGUAGGCCUAGCACAUCAAGCCCCACCCCCACCCCUAAAGAUACAAAGAAAAAGCAAAGCAAUGCACAAAAUACAAGUAGCCGAGAUCCUUCAAGAAGCGGAUGCCCGAGCCCGAGCCGAAUUGGAAGCAGCUAAUAAUGUCCAAGCACACAUUGAAGCCCGAGCAGUUGAGGAAGUUGCUGCAUCUGCCGCACAGACAAACACUUGUGUUUCAUGCCAAACAAAUCCUGUGCCAGUCAUCGACCAAGGCACACAGGUGUCUGCACUUAAGCCCCACGUCCGCUCAAAGGGUGUGAACACGACGAUCAAGAUCAUGAUUGAUACGGGGAUGUAA